CCCACGUUCCCCGCCCCGGCAUGACGCCAAGCGAGCCCGGGGCCGCUUUUCCUGUCGGAGGCGAUGCCCGGCCCGGCCUUCCCUUUAAGGGCCUGACGCCGUUACUAAGGCGGCCCGGGAGGCGCGGAAACUGAACCUGCGCCGCGACCAGAGCGACAGGCCCGGCAGCUCCCGCCGCACGCCAUGGCCGCCGCCGCCGGCCUGGAGGACCCAUCUCUGGAGAAACACUUUAAAGGCCAUCGAGAUGCCAUCACUAGUGUGGAUUUCAGUCUCAAUAAGAAGCAAUUGGCAAGUGGCUCUAUGGAUUCGUGCUUGAUGAUCUGGAGUAUGAGACCCCAAAUGAGAGCCUAUCGCUUUGUGGGUCACAAAGAUGCAGUGAUGUGUGUUCAGUUUUCACCUUCUGGCCAUCUGGUGGCCUCAGGCUCCAGAGACAAAACUGUCCGUUUAUGGGUUCCAAAUGUCAAAGGAGAAUCUACUGUGUUCAAGGCUCAUACGGCAACUGUAAGAAGCGUUCAGUUCUCCAGUGAUGGACAGUCCUUGGUUACAGCUUCUGAUGACAAAACAGUCAAAGUAUGGACAGUUCACAGACAGAAAUUUCUCUUUUCCUUGAACCAGCACAUAAACUGGGUUCGCUGUGCCAAAUUUUCUCCAGAUGGAAGACUAAUAGCUUCUGCAAGCGAUGAUAAAACUAUCAAACUAUGGGAUAAAACCAGCAGAGAAUGUAUACAUUCUUUUUGUGAGCACGGUGGGUUUGUGAAUCAUGUGGAUUUUCAUCCCAGUGGUACAUGCAUUGCUGCAGCUGGUACAGAUAACACAGUGAAGGUGUGGGAUGUUAGGAUGAAUAGACUACUUCAGCAUUAUCAGGUGCACAGUGCUGUGGUAAACUGUCUUUCCUUUCACCCCUCUGGAAACUACCUCAUUACUGCCUCCAAUGAUUCAACCCUUAAAAUUCUGGAUUUACUAGAAGGAAGGCUGCUGUAUACUCUUCAUGGUCAUCAGGGGCCAGCUACCUGUGUUGCCUUCUCAAGAACUGGGGACUUUUUUGCUUCUGGAGGGUCAGAUGAACAGGUGAUGGUAUGGAAAACUAACUUUGAUGCUGCUGAUUAUGGAGAUGUAUUGAAAACUCAGAAGUAUGCCACUAAUGUAACAGGAACUCUUCACAAUCUGGUAGGUCAGACCAUCUUACAUUUAACACUGAUGAUUAUUGUUGAUGUUUUGACUUCCCUAGUUUACCUACCUGUAUAAUAUGUUUGAGAGGAG